CCACACCCACACAGACACCCACAUUCAGAAAAUUUCAUUUGCCAAGUGAGACAAGUAGAUUUUUGAAGCGUGUGAUAAGUAUAAUGCCAACAGUCAUACGAACACACUGGCUUAAUUUUUAGUAUGAUUAUGACUACAGGUGCCUUUUUAAUUAUUUUGAUUCGCUCCAUUUGCGCUCUUCUUUACAGAGAGAAACACUAUUUUAGACUAUCUAUUUCUUUGUCAAUGGUUGCCUUAUUCAAUCAAGACGAUCAGAAGAUCCGCUUUCGGUAUAAAUAGGGAUGCGCAGUGUCGGUGUAAAUACUGAAAAACUGAUCACUGAUCACAUCGUCGGUGCAGGUCGGUGGUCAGUACACCGACACUGCAUAUGCCUAGUUAUAAAUAAUCCUUCACUGCAGACUUUAUUUAAUCUGAUAUAUUUUACACCAUCAACUACUUAUUACACUCUAGCUGAUAUUUUUAACAUUCACUCAUAUAUUCUAUUGUUAUUAUUAGAAAAGAAAGAAAUGUUCGAUGACACGCAUAUCUACAUUCUCAUCUGACUGAACAGAAACAAAAAAUAUCACCAGUUUUGGAUGAACUCAGUUCAACGACGAUGCUGCCUGGGAAAUCAGUUUUUCAUUAAAAACAAAAAGUUCUUUUUAUUCAUUGAAUGAGACUAUACCUACUUAAACUGUAUAAUGUAUAUUUCUUUUCUCUUCUUUUCAUAUAAACAAAUAUUGCUGUCUCAUUUGAAGAACCCUAGAUAUAUGUAUAUAUGUAUCAUGUAGACUGUUUGAGUACAAUAAAUAUUAUCAGCUCACCGUCAUUAAGAACUGUAUGUAGCGAAAUUGUUCUGCUAAUUAUUUGCAUCGUUAUCUGUAGAAUUUUCUACAAUAAAUCAUUUUGAUUGACGGAAAAAAUAUGUUUUAAUUCUUUUUUUUUUUAUAUAUCUUAAUCUUUGUUUACCAUCUGUCCUAUUAUUCAUGAAAGUCCAGAUCUUCUUUGGCCAAAGGACACAUUCUAGACACUAUACGAAAACACAUAAAAUAGAGAACUAACUGGAAUAGAAGUAUUACAAGAAUUUCAUUAUUUGUAUUUUUCUUUUCUGUUUAUUUUUUUACAGAUAAUGAAUAUUUGGUAAUCUGCGGAAAUACAAGACAAAUGCUAUUACAUGAUUCAUAUUUUCUUUCUACAAAUGAAACAAUAAAUAAAACAUAUUAUGACACAAUAACAAUAGCUUAUUCACCGUUGUUUCAUUCAACGUUUACAUUAAUUAUCAGUAUAUUUGGUUUUUUCUUUAAUUUAAUAUGUUGCAUUAAAAUUUGGUUUAUUAUUUAUCAAUAUCGUAAAAGAACAUUGUAUAAUCGUCGACGACAACAACCAAUACAAGAACCGGGACAUACUUUAUCAGAUAAAAAAUAUCGCUUUCUUUUAAUUUUAACAAGUAAUGACAUUCUUCUAUGUUUUUCAUCAAUAAUAAGUUGUUUGGACGAAAAAUUUUUUUUCCAAUCAUUUCUUGCUCGUCAUCAUCUAUGUUCUGCUCAUAUUCUAAUAUGGAAAUUUACUCUUCAUUUUAUACCUUUAUUAAUUAUUGUUAUAUUAUGUCGUUAUCAUUAUAUUCUAACUAAAAGAUUUCAGGUUAAAUCAGCAGCGUUGUCAUCAUUUAAACAGCUAUUAUGUACGGAUUUAAGUAUUUUAAUACCGUUGGUACUUGCAUUAGCAUGGUCAGUAGAUGGCCUAUGGUUAUGGGGUGUUGCAAAUAUAAAAGAUUAUAUUAUGCAAGCAUCACCAACCAUUGGGAAUAUACGUCUAAAUUUAACUAAAGAAAUCACUAUGUCUUCUUCAAUAUAUGAUAGUGAUUUAAAUAUAACUUUAUCAGAUUUGAGUCUUUCAUUAUUAGAAUCAGAAAAACAACUUGAUCAUAAUCUGUAUUUGAGAGAACAAAUAUAUAUAUGUUAUCUGCAAACAAAUCAUAAUUUUCAAUUUACUGUACGACUCGUACACUUAAUACAAGCGGAUUUUCUUCUUCUGUUCAUCCUACACUUAUCUGCUCUUCUUCUCGAAAUAGUUUUAUAUAUUCGUCUAUGUUGCUGCAUGAUUACUAGAAAAGUCACAUCAAUAUAUGUUCAUGAACGGCAACUAUGUAUUUAUAUACUUUGCAUGUUUUCAACAGUAACAUUAACAUCUGUACCAUUUUAUUUUUAUCGUGUGAUUGAAAUCUUAUAUGAUAAUCAAUUCACAUUGACAAACAAUGAAAUUUUCAAUAGUCGUACAUUUGCUCAAAUAUUGCUAUUUGGUGCAUGCUUUAAACCAUUAUUAUUUUUUAUAUUAUUUUUUCCAUCAUCGAGUUUAUUUAAUUUAAAAUGUUAUUUAGUAUGUUAUUCACCAGCAAAAUUUCAAAUAAUUGAACAGUCUGAAGAAAUCUUACCACCAUUGAAUAAUCAAAGUCGUAUAAAAACACGGCAAAGCAUGGCGUCUGUUCAACAUCAUCGGUAUUCUUUAUGUUUACAAUCAUCCUAUUAUCCAAAGUCUCACGCGAGACCACGAACUCAUUCAAUUCCAACGUUACCAUCGGUUCGUUAUCGUCAAGAAUCUUUAGCAAAAGCUGAACAUUUCAAUAGUUGGUUGCGAUUAACGCAUUCAAUCAUAGAUAGUAGUUCGAAUGAAGCAUCAAACAUUAAAUACGUGUGA